CUGCGCGGACCGGAAGCGUGGUGUUGCCAUGGCGAGGGCCGAGCGCCGGACCCGCCCCCAUGGUGGCGGUGACUGCUGCUGGGUGGACAGACUGACGGACACGCCGCAAGAGUUGAGGCCUGUAGGAGCUGCCUGCCUGUCUGUCUACGUGAGUGGGGUAGCAAGACAGCAAAAGGUAGUAUGUGCCCAGGCAGAGUACACUGGGGAUGACCUGAGAUACUGCCCCAGCACUGAUCUACCUGCCUGCCUACCUUCCCCUGCAUUUGGGUUGGAAAGAGGCCCACUCCUCUACUGGACAGGAGCCAGAAAAUGGGGGUAAAUCAACUUACUACCAAGAAGGGAACCAGCCAGCCAGCUUAACUCCAGCAAAGCCUUGAUGGAAAUAGUCUUGAGCCUUGGAUAGAAGAGGAUUAAAAAGGAGAACUUGCUAGAGCUUGGCAGAGAAAGUUUCCUUCAGCAUACCAUCCUGACAAUCUCCUUCCCUUCCUCCAUUGAUAGCUGAUCUCCUGUUCCCUCCCUUUGGGGAGGAGCUGCUCCACUGGCAUUCCAUCAGUUUAUGAUGGUAAUGGGAGCUAUAAACUGACACUGGAAAGCUCAACAUUCUGACUAAGCCAGGAGGGGGAGAAAGAAAAAGGAGCAGAAGAUUGGAGAGGGUCUGAUGAUGGGGAACUCUCUGAUUGGACCUGUGGAUUCUCUGACUUGGAAGGAGGAGGUUAGGCGUACUGCCAGGACCCUUGGAGGGACCAUCAUUUACUGGUGAUUGUUCUCCCUUCCCCUUCCCUUCAGUGGCUUGAGAAGCUGGAACCUCCUUAUCAGAGUAAUUAGCAGCAGACCCUGGACUGAGAGUGGCCUCUGUCUCAAUGACUGCUUCCCUGCCGAGUGGAUCCUGCUUGCUGUGCACCACACAUACCAGCUGUGCACCCUGACCCUGUGGGGGGAGGCGACGGUAGAAAGGAAUUAGGAGGAGGGGUAGGAGAGAUCCAGUGCCUCGGGCACUGAUCUGAAUCGGCACAGUGACAGCCCAGAGGGUCUGGGGUGCUGAGGGGAUUGCUUGCUCCACCUUUCCUUCUACCUUCUCCUCAGCUGUCACGGGAGUAGUACUUGACUCCCAGUCUCUUGACACUGAGGUCUAGGCCUUCAGGAACUAGAACUGGAGAGCUUUGGUGAGUGGGGCAGAGAGUGACCAGUUAUCAGGCUAGGAUUGAGUCACUUGAGUAUAUUGCUGCUUGGACCCCAGCCUUCCCCACAGACACAAGCCUGGUACUAUGGAGCACUUUCUGGCCUUUGGGGCCAAAGGCUCAACUACAGAGCAGCAAACUGAUUAACAGCGACAGCGGGAUCCCAAGAAGGAGUAGUUGCUGGGCAGGGGAUGCCCGCGGAGGUCUUGGAUCAGGCCACCAGCCUUAUCCUUUGGGUCCAGGCCCAGGCUAGCCUGUUCCCUUCCCUUCCUUAUUCUGACUUAUCACAUCCUACCUGGAGGCAGCCCUUUACCAUGGCUGAGCAUCUGGAGCUUCUGGCAGAAAUGCCCAUGGUGGGCAGGAUGGGCACCCAGGAACGGCUUAAACAUGCACAGAAGAGGAGGGCCCAACAACUGAAGAAGUGGGCCCAGGCUGAAAAGGAGGCCCAGGGCAAGAAGGGCCGUGUGGAAAAAAAAUGCAAAACUAAUGCUGGAAUCAAGGAGAAACGUGUUCUUUUUCCCCCAAGCAUCACUUUGUUGGAAGCAGCGGCACGUAAUGACCUAGAAGAAGUUCGGCAGUUCCUUCAGAAUGGUGUGAGUCCCAAUUUGUGCAACGAGGAUGGCCUUACUGCCCUGCAUCAGUGCUGCAUUGAUGACUACGGGGAGAUGGUAGAGCAGCUUCUCGAGGCCGGGGCUGAUGUGAAUGCCUGUGACAGCGAACUCUGGACACCCUUGCACGCUGCCGCCACUUGUGGCCACCUCCACCUCGUGGAACUACUGAUUUCCAAGUAUGUGGAUGUGAGGGGUGCCAACCUUCUGGCCAUCAACACGGAUGGGAACAUGCCUUAUGACCUGUGUGAGGAUGAGCUGACUUUGGACUCCAUCGAGACAGCGAUGGCUGAGCAAGGCAUCACUCAGGAGAGUAUCGAGGAGGCGCGGGGAGUGCCCGAGCUGCACAUGGUGGAGGACAUCCGCAGCCUGCUCCGGGCCGGGGCUGACAUCAACGCUCCCCAAGACCAUGGGGCCACACUGCUGCACAUUGCCUCAGCCAAUGGCUACCUGGAGGCAGCUGAGCUGUUGCUGGAGCACAAGGCUGACCUGAGCGCCAAGGACCAAGACGGUUGGGAGCCGCUGCAUGCAGCAGCCUGCUGGGGCCAGGUGCCUCUGGUGGAGCUGCUGGUAGCGCAUGGAGCCAAUCUGAAUGGGAAAUCGCUUCUGGAUGAGACGCCCCUGGAUGUGUGUGGUGACGAAGAGAUGCGGGCCAAGCUGCUGGAGCUGAAGCACAAGCACGAGGCCAUCAUGCGCUCCCACGAUCGCCACCGCGGCUCGGGCUCCCUGCUCCAGCGGCGAACCUCCAGUGCUGGCAGCCGGGGGAAGGUUGUGCGAAGGGUGAGUGUGACAGAGCGCACCCACCUGUAUCGUAAAGAGCAUGCACGGGAGGCCAUUGUGUGGCAACAGCAGCCAGCCACUGCCGCCGAACCCCCAGAAGAGGAUGAGGAUAAGCAGACGGAUGCUGAGCUCCAGCCACAGGCUGUGGAGCUGGACCCCGAGGCCCUGAGACAUCGGAACGGCAGCGCGGGCGCGGCCCCGGGGCCCCCCAGCAGGCACCUGUACUCCAAGAGGCUGGACCGAAGUGUCUCCUACCAGCUGUCCGCCCAGGAGCCAGAUGGGCCUGGACCCCUCACUCGGGACAAGGCGCACCACACCCUGGCUGACCUGAAGCGCCAGCGGGCCGCCGCCAAGCUGCAGCAUCCUGUGACUGAGGACCUUGUGGGGUCAGGGAGUGAGGGUCUGCCCUGUGCUGAAGCCCAACCCUCUGGACUCCCUCAAACACCAGUCUACUACACCGCAGCGAGCGGAGACCCUCCCCUGCUGAAGCUGACCGCCCCCGCCGAGGAGGCCCCGGCCGAGAAGAGGCCCUGCUGUGGCAUCAUGUGAGGGGGAUGGGGGUCAAGGGGUCUCAGGCCAGCAGGCUUGCUUCCUCUCUCUUCCUUUUAUCUCCCAGGGAAAGGGGAUGGAGCUACUCUCUCACACUCGGCCAGUGGGAAGCUGAGUUACUUGUGUUAGGCACAAAGGAAAAUUGGAGCCCCAGCCUAGACACUGUUGGACAGCGGCCCGGCUCAGCCCCUUUCCCCCCACUUAGUGGUAAUAGGGCAGCUGGCCAAGGAGUGGGGCUGGGGGCUCCAAGCUGCAGUUAGCCUUAAGCCUUCUGGGCCUGAAGGUCCUACAGCUAGGCCAACUUCACCUCCCCAUCUUUGGGUUCUGGAGCAGGAAGGGGCUGAGGUCUUACUCAUCUCUUCAUUCCUGCCCUGGGGGAGCCAGGAGCCUCUCCCCUCAGCUUCACCCUUGCCUUAUCCUUGCCAACCCACUUCCUGGCAGCUUCCGAACAGAGCAUCCAGAGUGGGGGAAGUGGCUCCGGGGCCCUCGCCUAGGCUCCUGUCUCAGGUUCAGACCCUCUGGGGACAGAUGCCCUGGGUUUGGGGCACGGGAGGAAGGAAAUCCAUAUUUUUAUUCUGUGAAACUUGAUAAAGGAAUUUUCUGCCA